AUGGGUCUUCGAGCCGUCUUACUGGCCACUCUGUUGGUCACAGCAGUCUACGGACAAUGUCCCGCGCUGUCCGGAGCAUGCAGAUGUGCUCCGUCCGUCUACGAGCCAGUGGCCAUCAUCUGUCAGAAUGCGGGCAGUCUGUCGAACGCGAUUCAAGCCAUCCAAGCCGCCAGAGACGUCCCCGUAAGUUCUUCGUUCUUCGUGCUCUUCUCAUUCCAAUCGCUCUCUUCAGAUCGACUCUCUGACCAUCCUCGACACGGCCAUUCCGAGUAUUCCUGCCAACGCCUUCCAAUCCUUCACCAUUCUUCGUCUCGUUCUCAACCGAAACACACUCCAGUCCAUCGACGAUCAGGCUUUCAACGGCCCGCUUCUCGACUCGCUCAUCGAGCUCGACCUCAAUGACAACAACCUCGGACAGAUCCCGCAGACUGGAAUCCCGCGCCUCCGCAACCUUCGCAAACUCUAUCUCAACCGCAAUCGCAUCAAUCAACUCUCCUCGACCGCGUUCAAUGCGUUCGAGUCGAAAGAUUUGCUGCUGAAACUGGAGCUGGCCGGAAAUAGACUGACGGACGCCACUCUCGGAGACGCCACCGUCUUCCGUCCGUUGACUCUUCUUCAGGUACCCUUUUCCAUUUUCAGUUCUGUUUUAAAUCGUUUCUCUCUUCAGGAACUUUCGCUCGAAACCAAUUCUCUCACCUCGAUCCCGUCGUCGGCUCUUGUAAACCAGCGCAACACUCUCACCAACUUGAACCUCGGACUCAACAGCAUCAAUGAAGUGCCCGUCGGAGCACUCGAUUUCCCCGUUCUCUCGUCGCUUUCGCUCGAGUUCAACGGCAUCACCGUCAUUCCGCCACAGGCGUUCCAGGGAGUUCCCAACCUUCAGUUCUUGUACAUGACCGGAAAUAAGUUCCCUUCGUGGGCUCCGGAAAUGUUCCGCUAUAUCACUCAGCUGAAGACACUUGGUAUUGGAGAGACGCCGAUCUCGGUCAUCCCGAACAACGCCUUCCAGGUUUGUGAAUGUACAUAACAUUUAAAGUAAGUAUUUGUUUUCAGCACAUUCCAAAUUUGAUUCGUCUGGAAAUGUCGGAAGCUGCCGUCGAUACGAUUGAGAGAGGCGCUUUCCAGAGAACUCCACAAAUCCAGGCUAUCGUUCUGAACAAAAACCGACUUUCCCAGUGAGUCCCUUUGAUUCCCUUUAUAAUUCUAUGAUAUUAUUCAUUUCAGAGUGCGCGCUGACUUUUUCGAGGGUCUCAACGACCUCUACUCGAUCGAUCUGCAAGGAAACCGAAUCGACAACGUGCAGUCGCUCGGAUUCGCGAAUCUUCCGUCAAUCUCCCACUUGGACAUCAGGUACACCAUUUUCAAAGAUUCUUUGCCCUUGAUGGCAGAACAUGAGAGCCGCCAGCCGCAACGUUUUUCGUUUUCCCGGCUCCACACUUAUUAUUGUUUGCGUAUGUAUCGCGCUGGCACAUCCUUCUCCUCUUUGCAUGCCUAAAUCGUCAUUUCAAACAAAUUAGAAAGCGAGUGGAGGGGAAACACCUUUAUGUACUGUGCGGUAGUGAGUCAUGCUCCGGCGCAAAAAAAAAGUGAUUGACUGGUUUUCUCGAGUGUUCCCUAAUGAGUAAUCUUCAGUUACAACCUUCUGCAAACGAUGCCUUCGGACGUUUUCCUCAACUCGUUCCUCCCGCAACCCAAUGACAGAAGGGUCAUCUACGCGUGUGGUAAGUCGGAGGCCAUACCGGCCAGGCCGACGGACUAGACGGAAACAGAAAUAGAAAGAACACAACAAGGGGUUUGCAGGUAAUCCUUGGUACUGUAACAGCGAGUUGGAGUGGUUCCGCACUCUGCUCCGCGACAAUCUCGACAUUGACAUCGAGAAGCCCGGAUGCACGGCGGUUUGCACAUCGUCUCCCAACGGAUGCCCCGUCGAGGGAACUCCAUUGAGGUACGUGCAAAAGUUGGAGGUUUACUACUACUUGUGUACAAGAAGCAUGAGCCAGUUUCGAGCAAACAUCUGCUCGUGUCAAACAAUCUUUUUUCGUUUGCAGUUAGUUAGUUAGUUACUCUUUCAUUUCAGAUCCGUCGAUUUCUGUCAGAACAACGAAGAAGCACAGCCGCUUGUGGGAAGAGCACUCUCAAUGGUCGGAUGGAUCAUUCUUGGUACCGUUGAAUCAUUCAAUUCUUCUAAAUCUCACUAUUUGCAGCCGUUAUCAUGACGAUCUUGCUCAUCUCGAUCUGUCUGUUGGCGAUGGUCCGAUACGGAAUGAGCCAUCAGCGGAAGAAGCAGAAGGACGCCGAGGUGGCCGCCGAAGAGUACCACGCUCAGACGACAGCCAGUAAGAUCACGUUCAGAGAGCUCUAUCCCUAUUCCUAUUCCUAUUUUCAGCGUCAAUCUACAACGCACCCAUCUCAGUCGUAGACCGGCCGUACUCGACGGUACCGCCCGUCAACCUGGACCUUCCGGCGGCGUACACUCUCGACGACCGGCCGACCAAUUACCUUUAUUAG